AUGGCCGCCUCCCCAGUGCUCGGUGUUACCCUGGGCAUACUAGGCCCUUUCGACCCGCCGUACAUAGCUACACCAGGCAUACUAGGCCUCUUCGACCAGCCGUACAGAACUAGGGGGCGUGGACCAGGCACACUAGGCCUCUUCGACCAGCCGUACAGAACUAGGGGGCGUGGACCAGGCAUACUAGGCCUCUUCGACCAGCCGUACAGAACUAGGGGGCGUGGACCAGGCAUACUAGGCCUCUUCGACCAGCCGUACAGAACUAGGGGGCGUGGACCAGGCAUACUAGGCCUUUUCGACCAGCCGUACAGAACUAGGUGGCGUGGACCAGGCACACUGGGCCUUUUCGACCAGCCAUAUCCAACCAAAGCAAGCGCACAAGGCGCAUCAGGUCUUAUUGACCAGCGUAACGUGCCCCAAAUAGCGAGACCGCCUUUCAAGGCUUUCACCGCACAUGCAGCAUCUAGAGAC